AACACGUCAGUACCCUUUGCCCUGGAAGCUGUUUACAUUUCCACACCCGCAGGCUGGGUGUCAACAUGUAGUUCGUGUGCAUUACAUUUACAUUACAUCAAACCUGCUUUUUUUUUAAGUAUAUUUAUUUAUUUCAACAACUGACUCUUGAACAAAUGGACGACAUCUUAAAUCCGGAAAAUGAAGGAGAUCUUCAGGAUCAAAUUGAAGAGGUCGAGGCUUUGUCUUCCAUCUAUGGAGAUGAAUGGUGUGUUAUAGAUGAAGCAUCCAGAAUAUUUUGCAUCAAAAUAUCCAAUGAUUUAGAGGAGCCACAACUGACAGCGUGUUUGCAGACAAUUCUCCCACCUGAUUAUCCAAGUGCCGCACCGCCCAUCUAUCAGAUCAAUGCCGCGUGGUUGCGAGGCCUCGAGAGGACAAAAUUGGCAAACAGCCUGGAAGACCUCUACGUGCAGCAUGUGGGAGAGAGCAUCCUCUACCUGUGGGUGGAGAAAAUCCGAGAAUUCCUUGUGGAGAAAUCCCAGAGCUCAGAAACAGUGGAUCAACCAGAGAAGGUGAACAUGACAGCUGAGGAAGACGUGGAUGAAGAAGAAGAAGACAUACCAGACUACAGGACUCUCAAGCUGAACACAGAAAAUGCACAUAUGUUCAUGCAUCAUGAAAACGGUGAAGAGGUACCUCUUAUUAAACACGGAAGUACCAUCACAGACCGACGCAGUACCUUCCAGCCUCACUUAGCACCCUUGGUGACUCCCAGACAGGUUAAAAUGGUCCUGGAGAAGCUGUAUGAGAACAAGAAGAUUGCUAGUGCCACUCAUAAUAUAUAUGCAUACAGGAUAUACUGCGAGGACAAACACAGCUUCCUGCAAGACUGCGAGGAUGACGGCGAGACAGCCGCGGGGGGGAGAUUGCUCCAUUUACUAUUCUGGACGUGCAUAAUGUCCUGGUGGUCGUGUCUCGAUGGUAUGGAGGUAUUUUGUUGGGUCCUGACCGCUUCAAACACAUCAACAACUGUGCUAGAAACAUCCUGGUGGAGGAAGGAUACACUGCCUCCACGGAUGACGCCACCAAAUCUGGAGCGAAGACCAAAAGGCCAAAAAGCAAGAAGACAAAAUGAAUUUCAGAGGAAGAAACGAAGGCUUUUAUUCAAACACAUUUCCAGUCCUGUGAAAAGGCCGGUUCAGAUGUGUCUUAAUAGAGACAAACAGGAAUUUCUUGGACUUACAAAUAAUUUAUUCAAAAUGACAAUGCUAUUAAAUAUCUUUAAGCAACCUUGAAUUAUUUCAGCUGAUCACUUUAACUUUUCACUGGGAAGCCUUGAAAUGAUAUGUUUACAGUUCAUGUUUUCAUUAAAACAAUCAAACCCG